AUGGACGAAUCCAGAAAACUCGAACCCACAGCGGAAAAAACCGAGCCCUACCAUCGGGAGAUACAACUUGUCUUUCAAGAAUUUAUGGAGCGCGAUACAGAUUCUAAAGGCAGUAGCUAUGACUUAGCAGAUCAAGCAAGUCUACAAGAAUACAAUGUCGCCGUCGCAAAAUUGGAAGAUCGAAAACGUCGUGCUAAGGCCACUCUUCAUGAAGAUGUGCUUUUGGAAAUCGAUAACGCCUACAAGAAAAAUUUGCAAAAGUUGCAAGCACUGGAGGCAGAUUGUACCAAGGAGCGAGAAGAUUUGGAGAAAGAAUUGUUCAAGAAAAGUGGUAGAUCUUUCAAGAAACUUCAAGAAUUGCAUACUAAGAGACUUUUGCAAAGUCAAGAGUUCAGCGAAAGAGCCAAGGAAAUCUUGCAGAGAAUGUCGAAGAGCUUGAUACAAGAAAACAGUAUUUCCACAUUGGGUUCUGGUCUUGCGAUCUCUGCCACAGCCACUGGCGCCGCCAUCGAUAUCCCAUCUACUAGUUCCGCUAGUGAAUUGACGAUGCCUGUGAGUCGAACUGGGAGAGUGAUUCAGGAUCAAUCCAUUGUGGCUAGCCCAGAUGAUAAUCAACCACUUUUCAUGGAUUCUCCAGACUUUGAACCCAGAGUUCCUCCACCGAUGGGAGCUUCAUGGACUUCUUCUCCUAUGGCUGCAAGCCUUCAGGUCAGACCAUCUCCAAAUGAUGAUCACUCGAUUAAUCGUCAGAAGACUAAGGCCUUGUCAUCUACCUCGAUCAAGAGAGAAACAAGUCCUACAAUGAAUGAUGCAUCCUAUUUUCGAGACCCUUUGGACAUUCAUGUUCCAACACAAUCGCUGGGAAUGGCCUCUGACAAGCCUUAUGGUUCUCAUGCUCAGUCCUGGUUUCCCUCUGUGGAUACCGCAGGCCGAUAUAGUAGCCUUGGCAGGGAGAACGCAACAAUCCUUCAGAAUGGUUCUAUACCAUCAAUUUCAGUUUCUGCUAGACUUCAACCAGCUCAUGCGCUGAACUCUUUGGUCAACACCCCCACAUUGGACGUUCCCAGCUGCCCUCCUGCCUUUGAACAUAUCGCACGUCAAGGUUACUCGUCGUCACAAAUCAGUAGACCUCUCAUGAGCGCUCCCAAAAAGACACUGUCGAACGCUGAACUUCCCGAUGAUGUCUCGAGCAUGAGAAAGAAAAACCCCACGUAUCACCGCAAGGGACAACUGACCGCUCCCUUAAAGCGAAAGGCCUCUGACGCCAAUUUGAGCUAUCCUUACGAUAGUACAGAGAUCUCGAGGACUGGAGCCCCGACUCAAAUUCAGGAAAAUCAUGAUGAAGCAUAUAGAGUCCAAGAAGUACGCCCAAGUGCAACCAAUCCUUCAAGUGCCAGCGGUGCGAGUAGGAACUGGACUGGCCAAGCCCCCCAAUUUGGUCGGCAACAGGCUAUCAAGGAAGAGUCAACUUCAGAGGUGACCGGGGUAUCUCGAUCUAUGAAUGUAGAGCCAGCACACAUAUCAAGUCUCGUCCAUCAACCUAGUAAUGUAGAUGCAAUGCAAUCAAGGGUCUUGACUCCAAGAAAUAGUCAUGUAGGCUCCUCGCGAGGAGCAGUCGCUGGCGCUAGAACCUCCAGCCCAGAGCCGUUUCGACCAACAGCUAUUACUAACAAGACUGGCAUUGCAGAGGCUGAACUACACUUCGUUCUUUAUAUUCCUAUCCAGUAUAUUUCUUAUGAUGCUGGCGCCCCAUCUCGCUCCUACCCUGUUACCUGGGCUGGGACGAAAGGCAGGCUUAAUCCUGGGCGACAAUUCGGUUAUAACUAUAGCCUACAAGUGUUGCUCGCGAAAAAGGGAGUCUUACACCCCUUUGAUGGCGGUGAUAACAAAUCCUCAAAGUAUCCCGCGUUUGUAGUCGAUGGUUCUUGGAUUCUUGGAGGCUUCUACCACAGAGAGUCAGGCAACUGCAGAAUCGAGAUUUAUAGGCCGAGAUCGAAGAAGGAGUAUAAGGCGGAAGUCGAGGAAGGUUAUGACCGUGUCGAGAUCCAAAGCGCGAGGUUGAGAAUUGUAAUUGCCAAGGAAAGUGACCUUAAUAAUUUUGUUCAUUGCUAUAAAAAGUUGCACCCCAAUGCUGAAAUUCGUGCUGAUGAUCGCCUUGGCUCCCUCGAGGAUUUCCAUGACGAGAACGGUGAUUCCGAUCCGACAUUGAGAGAAGAAAUCGAGAUCAGAGCUCAAAGAUUGGCACUUGCCGCACCCGUUGCAGUCAUGACUUCGGCUUGA